GGUACAACUGAGCUGCUGUCAUUUGUUGGUUAUUUUCAAAACAAUCUCGCAAUUGUUUGUUUACAAGAUUUGUGUAGAAUGUAACUCUAAGUUUUAUUCAAUUCUGUCAAUAUUCUGAAUAUUUUGGUGGUACUUUUGUACCAUCAUCUAGUUAAACACAUUUUUAUUCAUGAAUGCCAUAAACUCGAUUAUUUAUUGAUAAACAGUAGCCCCUUACUGGCCUCAAUUGAAGACACCUGACAGAAAUUAUAUGAAUAUUAGUUUGUUGGAGAACUAAAAUGUCCUUUGCAAAAGGCAGAAGGAGUGAUUUAGAUUAUGAUGAAGAGGAUCCUCUUGCUGAUUUAUUAUCUUCCAGUGGAGAAAAUACACCAGUGAAAACGUCAUCAAGAAAGUCAUCCACUAAGGAGACCCCUGAGCUUCCAAGACAACAGUCGAAAAGCAAACUGAUUGCUGACUUGUUCGGUCUAAAUGGGGAAGAUGAGGUCAAGACCACUAGUACACUACCUUCAACAACCAGCAUUUCAAAACCUGCAAAUAAAGUUGAAAAUGCUGGUGACUGGUUGGGUUUAACAGGUGAUCAAGAAGACUAUGAUUUGCCCAAUGAAAACUAUGCUCCCAAUUCAAGGAGGAGACUUUUGUCAAAAGAAAACAGCAAAGACGAUGACUUUCUGUCUCCGACUUUAAAUAUGAGAGAAAACAUUAAAAAUACUAGUGUUCCAAAAACAAUUGCAAGCACAGCAAGUGAUGAGUUAGCCAAAGCUAACUUACCAGCCCAAAGAAGGAACAGUGGAGGCAUGCAAGAGAACAAGAAAACAAGCUCAAUUUUGAGCUCUUUUAUAUCUGAUUUCGAUACAAAACCAAACCCUCCAGGUGAACCAUCAAGCAAGAAAGGAAAUGAAACCGAUGUCGAGCAAUGGAAAGGUGUCUAUUCUAUGUCAGGCAGCCGUGAGUCCAGACGCAGCACUCGUCGCAGAGGGGGUGAUAUUGUGGACCCUUUAGGCCUUUUCUCCUCACAACAACAGUCAGCGCAAUCUAACUUAAAGGAUACACAGAAUGAGGUAGAGCCUGUCUCCACUGUACCAGCUCAAGCUCCUGCUCUGUCCAACACUGAUAAUAUACCUACAUGGCUAGGAGGAACAUCUGCAUUACCAAUAUCCUCUUCAUCAGCACCCAGCGUCAAAACAACUGACACCACCAAUGACAGAUCACCUGCUGACGUGAAGCCAGCAGCUCAAAGUGAUGUUGACAUUCUGACUGGACUGUCCAACUUGGAGGCUCAGGCAGGAGAGGCUGCAGCUCAGCAGCAGAAGAGCCUUAUAACUGCUCUGGCUCUGAAGAGACAGGAAGAUGCACUCCUCAAACUACAAUCACAACAGGCUGCUUUGUUAUCUCAGCAUGAACAGCAAUUGGGUGCUUUGGUGCAAAGGCAGUUACAACGACAGCAGCAAAUGAUUCGACAACAAGAGCAAAUUCAAGCUCAUAUUCAGGCUCUUAUGGUGCAACCACCAGUAGUCGCUCCAAUCACUUUGCCUACCAUGCUUUGGAAUAUUGAGGAAAGUCCAAGACAUGAUCCUGAUUCACAAGUGGUUGUUGAAUCAUCAAGGUUUCAAAUGGAAAAAGAUUUAAAGAUGAUUUCUGAUUUAAAAGGCCAGGUUCAGAAGCUAGAGAUAGAAAAUCAGGAUUUAAAAGCACAGUUGGAUAUAGAGAAGCAAAGACAUGAAAACCAUUUGUCAGACAUGGAUAAAUUGUUUCGGAAGCAACUUACAAGUCUAGAAGAGGCAAUGUCAAAUCAAGAAAAACGUCAUCAUUCUGAAAUAGAUGCAAUGGAGAAGGAGGUAUCAACACGAGUCAAUCGUUUAAAGGAAGACCAUACUAAAGCAUCUUCCGAGCAAGCGCAACGCAUGGCUCAACUCCAUAGUGAGUGGUUGGCAGAUUUGCAGAGGCUAGGGGAAUUCCAUCAACAGGCUGUAGAGAUGCUGAAGUCAGAACAAACUUCUGCAAUUGAGCAUUGGAAGAUGUUGCAAAUGGCUGAAAUAGAUUCUGUGAAAGAAGCUGGCUCAAAUGCAAGAAUGCUAGAAGCGGCGGUGACCCAUUUACAAGAGAGCACUUCAUCUCUUACUGAGCUAAAAGAUCAUAUUAAAAAAGAAUUUCAGUCUCAGUAUUUACAAAAGCAAGAAUCCCUCAUGAAACAAGAAUUGCAACUAACAGGUUUAAAAGAGUCUUUAGAAAAGCAAACUGCUGCAUUAGAGACAGAAAGAUCCUGCCUUUCCAAAUUGAGCCAAGACCUAGAAUCUCGCCUACAGAAGCAACAGCAAGAGGUAAAUGAUGAUAGGUGCAGGUUUGAAGCUAGAGAGAAAGCAUGGGAGAGAGAGAAGCUAGGUGCUAUUGACCUCCUAAACGAAGAAAAGGCACAUCUAGAGAAAUUGCAAUCUGAAGCUCACACAGAAUUGGCAGAGUUGGCAGAAAGAAAAUUAGUACUAGCAGCUGAUGUAGCUCGUCUAGAAACAACAUUACAAAUUCAAAGCUCUCAUGCAAAUCGAAAUUCACAGCAAGCAGAGCAGAUGGUGGCUGAGGCAAGAUCAACCCUUGAGGCAGCACAGGAUGCUGCAAAGGAGGUUCAAAGGGAGCGGGAAGAAAUUAAUGAGCUGAAACAUAAUCUUGCAUUUGAACAAAAGCGCCUGAGUAGUCUUGAGAAAAACAUCCAAGGUCGAGAACAGCAACUGGAGGAGGAAAUGUUGAGGGCAAAAGCAUUCAGGCAGGAAGGUAUUAGUGCUCUGGAUGAAGCUAGAAGACUUGAAAGGGAACGUACUGAGCAUGCCUCGGAUCUUGCCCAGAGGCUAUUGCAUUUGAAACGUAGAGAGGACUCUCUUUCAGAGGAAAAACUUGCUCUUACAAUGGAAUGGAAGAAACUUCAAGAGUCUAGAGAAAAUACUGCCUGUUCUCACUGUGGGCAAGGGCAACUGGAAUCAGUUGCAAUGUCAUCUUUUCAUCAUACUACGCACAUUGUUGACCCACUGCCCAUUAUUAUGAAAUUGGAAGCUGAACAAGGUCUAGACUUUGCUACAUUGGAUCAUCCCAGAUAUCAUUCUUCUUUGAUGGAGUCGGUCAGCCAGUAAAAGUGGAAUUCUAUAGCAAAGAUAUUUUUAACU